AUGAAUUAUAGCGAAUACACAUUUGAAAAUUCUUCUGUGAAUAAAGAUUCACAAACGGUUGUGAAUGAUGAUGAUACACGUUCAGAAGCUCUUUCUGGUUAUCAAACAGAUGAAUCUCUGGUAACUGAAUACGCCUCCGCAUUUGAAGAGGAUGAUGAUGAAGCGGAUCUUACACAAGAGGAGUAUGAAGUUAUAAACGAAACCCCAAUGCAAGCGAUUAGAUAUUCUGCUUUUGAAGAUGGGCAAGGAAAUAAUGGGUUGUUUUCUACUCAAUACCGUUUCGAGUUUGAUAAGCCAUCAUUUACUAAACCUCAAUUUUCCGAGCAUGAGUGUAUUUCUAGUAAAUGCGAAUUCAAAUUAACUUUCGCGAUAAGAUCACAUAUAAUUAUCAAUGGAUUUAGAUACUCAAUUGGUACCGGUAAUUGGGGAGAUGCCAAUAGGGCAGGCAGGUCUAGUGUUUCACAAGUCCUAAACAGAUUCACUUAUGUGUCAACUAUAUCACAUCUUCGAAGAUGGGCAAACCUACGGUCUAAUGAAAAGUCUAGCGCUAAUGUCAUACGUCUCAGUGUCUAUUCCUCUGAUAUUUUAAAUGAAUUUAUUAACAGUUGUGAUUUCUGUCAAAACAUUAAUGAAAUACCGUUUGAUAACAUUGAAGAAUGUGUAGAUCCACUAUUUGUCGUCGAUCAGCAUUUAGUUUUGACUUCAGAUACUUUAUCAAAAUUAAAAUUGAUAGCACAGGAGGCAAACCAAAGUUUAUGGGAGGCAUUAGUAUUAGAACGUUACAUCGAAUAUAUUGAUGCUGAAGAGGGAGAAUCUACCAUGAUAUGUAUCUCUCCGGAUGAAUUAUACGAGUCGAGUUUGUAUAAUUUACGUAAACUUGAAGGUUUAAGACCAAGAAGGAAAAGACGAUCGGUCCAUGAACGUCUAAUUAAUUUACCAACUUAUCCAAAUAAAUGGACCCAUUGUGAAACAUCCAAGUAUGAUUUUGGUUUUCCUCGAAAUACCUAUCAAUCCGCUAUGAAAGCCUCUGUAACCACAAAAGUUAUGGAAUACUUUCAAUGUUAUCGUAGCUAUUAUGUGUUAUGGAGGAAGCUUUACUUAUCAACGUUACUUGAUCAAGAAAAAAAGUGGUACAGGACCCUUGGAUUGAAACGUGGAAAUUGUGAGAAACUUGUUGACGAGGGGUUCGUACCUUUUGGGAUUCGAGUUUGUGGAAAUGAUAUUCUCAUAGAAAAUGUGUCCACACUUCUUGGCCAACGAAAUGUAUAUCAAAAUGUUUCUACACUAUUAAGAUCUACUGAACAUGAAAUCGUUGAUCAAAUAAAUUCGCAAGUCGUCAUGGUCAUAAAGGAACCAUUGAAAUCAAUUAUCGUCAAGAGGAGAUGCCAACAUUUAAUUGAAUGUUUAAUGAGAAAGGUAUAUGAUGGUGAGGCUACAGCUUUGUCUGAAGUUACCGUAGAAUCCAUUUUGCGAAAACUUGGUUCUUUUGGAUUCCACCGUCGUGGAUUGGAAGUUAUGUAUAAUGAUAAAAUUCAUUCACGCGGAAGGGGUCCAGUUAAUAUAUUAACUAGACAACCAGUUGAGGGACGUAGUCGUGAAGGAUGA